CCAAAAGUACAAGGGGAACAUGACUACACAGGAAGCUGCCGUGUUCACUGACAACGAUGAGGAUUUGCGGCCUCGCCAACAGAGUCUCGGGGGCGUUCUUCGCCGUGAAGGCAAUUGGAAGUGCUUCCUCCUGACUCUCAUGAUCGCUGGGUGCCUUGGUUCCGUCGUGUGGUGCAACACUGCUGAAAUAGACAGACAACUUAUUGAUCUUACAAAGUACCCAAUAAAACAGACGAUACGGGAAUCACCAUGCGAUGUAGGCUACGCGUACAUACCUAUCGCUUUCGUUCUACUUCUAUACCUGGUCUAUUUAGUAGAGUGCUACCAUAGUACAGCUAGAAUACAACUGGCCAGGCGUGUGGAUGUUGGUGCUGUGUCAACCAGAGUAGACGCAAUGAGGACUGCGUCACCUCGUGUUUGGUGGAAGGCUAUUUGCUACCACUACGUGAGAAGAAAGCGGCAAGUUACAAGGUAUAGGAAUGGGGACGCCUAUACAACUACACAGGUAUAUUACGAACGAGUGAACACGCACAGUGCUAGUACAUCAUUCGCACAUGCUUGUUGUGGACAACGGGACGCAUCGCGAAACUUGGUUUUGGACACGAAGACCCCUAUCACCAAAGUGAGGUUUAGCAAAGGAUUCGCUUUUGCAAACAUUGAAGCAGCUAGUGAAUUCGAAGAUCAAAGGUCAAGAUUCUUCGCGGAACAUGAAAGGUUUGAUGAUUUUAUGGAAAUGCGUGAGGGUUUAGAUUUAAUUGGAGUCAAUUCGUUCAAGGAGUAUAUGGUAGCUUAUAGGGAUACCGAUCGAUGUCCGUGGUAUUCCUCCCAACUACUAUUCUGGAGCUUGUCUUGUCUUCUCCUAUCCUGGCCCCUUAGGAUCGUGAUAGAAUGUAACACGGCGUAUGUGCAUUAUACGAUAACGAAGAUAUUCGGCACAAAUUACGAGCUGGACCCGAGUAGACAACUAGACUUAGACACGCAUCUCUCAGACACUAUGCCCCCAGUGCCAGCAACUAAUUACGCUUGGGCUCUUGCAGACGAGCAGAGCGCAAUUCUUUGUUCGGUCCCAAGACCACCAAGAACCCUUCCCCUUUCCCACGCCUCGACUGUUGAUAGCCUAGAACUCUUCGCAGCAAUCCGAGGUAAUUGUGCUAUUGUUCCAUCUUACUCAGAAGCCAUGCGUAUAGAUGCAGCCUUACGAGAGGAACCUGCUGAUAACGCUUCGAACCCUGGAGUUCUUAUAGACAUAGAAUCUGGGAGACCGAGACCAGCUAUCAAAGCUGCAUCCUUCGAUGAACCUCCUCGACGGCCCAAAGCAACUAUAACUGGUACGCACUCUAGCCACAAUAUUGCUGAUAUUAAUCAAGCCAAGCAGCUGAAUCGAAGGUCGUGGGCGGGAGUAAUUACUUCGGCUAGGAGUGCAAGACAGAUCAUAGACGAUUUAGCUAGUAACGUCAAUUAUGAGCAAAUACCAGAAACAGCACCUAGACAAAGGGAAAACGCUGUCUAUUACUCCAGGGAGCUGUCCCCUAUUUCGUCUAGAGAUCCCUUUGGUGGUCGAGAACAAACUACUCCUACGGAUGAACCUCCGUCAUAUGAAGAAGCAUUAAAACUGCCAGCCCUGCGUAAGUUAACCAGAUCUAUAACCGGAACUGACUUAGCUGGCCCCAGAAGAGCAUUCUUGAGGGACGUUCUUUCGAAUAGACGGUCAUGUCUGGAAGGUGUAGGAGUCCUAGCGGGAGCCAAAGUAGUUAGGUUACCGUGUAGCGAAUCCGGUGAGGAAACUCAUCUAUAAAAGCGAAUUUAUAGCUUCUGAUGCUAUACAAAGUAAAACAAAUUAUUAUGAGGAGCUUACAUUAGCAGUGGAAUUGAGGAUACAUAAAAUUAUUGUUACUUUUCUGCCAUUAGAAGUAACGUUGAUGUAUAAAUGUAAAUAUAUUUUAGCUUAACGCUUGUAAUAAUUG